GUACUUUAGCCCCAUCGAUGCCAGUGAUGGCUGCACAAGUCCAUUUAGGAUUGCCCAAAUUUUGAUGUAAAGCUGGGACCAAAUUUCGGCUAUGUUUUUACGAAAGAAGCGGUGGAGGAAAUGAUAAGGCAUCAUGAGGUGUCAACAUUUUCAUCGUUUACAAUCCAGCAGACGAGAUGCACGCCCGCGCUGCCAAAGAAGGGCCAGGAACGGGGCCAGGCCCAGGAACAGGAGAUAAAGGUGGUCCAAGGAUAUACUGGCAAGAUGUUGCAACCAGUAAAUUUUCAGUGCCUGCUGCAGCAAUCCCUUUUGAUGGUAUACCAUACACCUAUGUAUCAAAGCUGCUAUAUGAGUGUCACCAUGGGAAGGAUUGGAAGGAAAAGCAAAAUAUUCUCAAGCGAGAUCAACGCAAACAGGUGGGAGAACAUGGCUAUGUUGGCACUAAAUCCAGGAGACUCAUCCAACCUACAAAGAAAUAGAAUUGUCCAGCAAAACUUAUUGUCAAGGAAGUUUUUAAAUAUCCAGAUUUCAAGGUACAGGAGGAAUAACCUGAAAGCGUCUUCCAAGUCAAGAAAGUUUAGUACAGAUAUUCCUGACUACCUACACAACCGUCCCUUGUCUGUUAUAAAGUUCUGCAUGGACCAAUUAGAGAGUAGCAAACAAGUAAGAAAGGCAGAUGUAAGAACAGGGGAUGCACCAAAUAGUUACAAGGUACAGAGUAUCAGUAGACAAACUGCAUUCUACAAUGUUAGUUUUGACAAACCAGCAUGUGAUUGUUUCACGUGGAGACGAAACGGGAUCCCAUAUAAACAUUUCUUUGCAGUAUUUACACACACAAAUUCCAAAUGGCAAGAUCUACCAGAAUCAUAUAGGUCGUCCCCAUUCCUAAUCAUUGAUGUCCCAGAUGAUAUCAUCCCAAAAAUGGGGACAUGUCAUGAUUUUAUUUCAUGUUCAAUAAAUAUGGUCUUGCAGUAUUUUUCCAUGAAUCGGGAAGAAAGUCUUGCACGAGAACCUUGACCAUUUUACUCAAUGGUAACUUAUACUUUGUCCGUAUGUAUUCAUCUUUGAAUGAACGGUUCUGGCACUCUAUGCCAUUAUUAGUGUUCACACUCAAUAACAGACGUUGCUGCCGAAAUGCCCACGCCCAUCUCUGUGUAUAAAACAAAAGUAUAAGCCAUUGUUACAUUUUACAAUACUGCAAAGCAAAGAGAUAUUUGCUGAAAGGAAAUGUGACUUUCAGAAUCUGUGGUUUUUGGUGGCAUUUAAAUUUCACUAAUUGCAUCAGCACGCCAUUGAAAUCAAUGAACAUUAUUAAUAUUAGAAGCAAAUUAAUUUUGCGAUUAUGGGGUAUUAGCGAAAUUACAUUGCUAGCAACUUUUUCAAAGUAGAGUGCUGAGAUAAACAUCUUCAGGGUUGACAAUGACAGUUAAUUGUAAAAGAUAAGUAGUUAACUCCAUCUGAAGCAUCCUUUAAAUGGGCAAUGUGUAUUUCUAUGUAGUUGUUUUAAUUGCAACAUAUUUUUUUAUAUAAUCUUUUGAGACUGCUUGAAAACACAACAAUAUCCAUAACCACGUAACUACAAAAAAUUAAGACUGUGGAUGAACGUGCCCAAAAGGUAUCAAAUGUACCCACAGGCGAAGGUUUAUUUGAAAGAAAUAAUUCUUAAUGAAUUAAGGUGGUGCUACUGGCUAAGUCAGAACGUACAUUUCUUGUAUAUCAGAAAGUAGUUCUUGAUCUUGAGUUUAUUCACAUGCAUAUCAGGUUGUUUGGUAGUAUGCAAGUCUGGAAUAUGAAAUUGUUGCAUCUAGCUGUCCGUUAAAAUU